CAUUUUACUUGUUUUUAAAUUAGAACUAUUUAAAUAUAAGUUUUGGAUCAUUAUGAUCUAGUCGAUCUCGUAGGCUUUUAACGUUUUGUAUAACUUUUGGUUUUAUUAAAAAAAUGGUUUUUUAUCCUUGUACUAGGUACAGAUUAGUUGUAUUGUUAAUGCUUAUUUUAAUUAUGUGGCAAAUUAUGAGGUUAAUACCCAAUGAAAAACCAACACCACAACUGACUGGGGCUGAUAUAGUCGCAUUGGAAGAUGGUAGCUUUAAUAAGCACAAGCAAGACAAAGUCAAAGUGCGUGUGUAUUACGAAGCAUUAUGUCCAGAUUCUAAACAUUUCUUUAUCAAGCAUUUAUGGCCAGUAACAGAUAAAUUAUCAGAGUUUUUGGAUGUGGCAUUAGUUCCUUAUGGAAAAGCUAGCACUAAAGAAGAAAAUGGUAAAUAUUACUUUAUGUGUCAACAUGGUGAAGAAGAAUGCUAUGCAAAUACAAUCCAUUCCUGUUCAAUUGAUACCUUGGCCAACAUGACCCUGUCUGUGAGGUUUACUGAAUGCAUGAUCACAGAUAAUAUGGAUGCAGAUAAGGCUCUUGAAAGGUGUUCUCAGCAAAUGAAUGUUGAUCCUGAACCAAUAAAUAAAUGUGCCUCAAGUGAACACGGUGCAGCUUUACUUAAGAAACAUGGUGAUGACACAGACAUAAUUAAACCAACUUUUAUACCUACUAUUACAUUAAAUGGUUCCAGAGGUAAUCAAGGUGCGAUUUUAAAGAACUUCCUUUUAGAAGUUUGUAAAUUAAUUGAUAUGCCUUUGCCUCCACCCUGUCUAUAACAGUGAAAUUAAACUUGUGUGCAUCACAAAUGUUUAUACUUAAAUUUAGCAUAAUAACGGUCCAUGAAAGGGACGGUGAUUUUUGUAUUUAGUAAAUAAUUUGUAUACUAAAUAAGUUCUUAAUAAUUAUGUAUUAUGGCAUCUAUUCAUUUUAAGAAAUGCUCAAAUACAUGCCUAAAUUGUCUUCUGCAUGAAUUUU